ACAACCGAGAAGGCGGCCAGCAGCUCCUUUCUCGAGGAUCUGCCUUCCCGCUUCCCGGCUCCGCGCGUGCCCUUUGCCGGAUCGUUCGCCCUGGACGCCGUCUAAGACGGCGGGGAAGUUUCUCCCGGCCAUGCUCUAGACUAGAGAGACCCGAAGGCUGACUUUGCUAUGCGGUCUCUGAACAUCACCCCGGAGCAGUUCGCGCAGCUCCUGCGGGAUAAUAACGUGACCCGGGAGCAGUUCAUCACGCUCUACGGGCUGCAGCCGCUGGUCUACAUCCCGGAGCUGCCCUGGCGCGCCAAGCUGGCCUUCGUCCUGACCUGCGUGCUCAUCUUCGCCUUGGCACUCUUCGGCAACUGCUUGGUGCUCUACGUGGUCACCAGCCGCAAAGCCAUGCGCACCGUCACCAACAUCUUCAUCUGCUCACUGGCGCUCAGCGACCUGCUCAUCGCCUUCUUCUGCGUCCCCUUCACCGUGCUGCAGAACAUCUCCAGCAACUGGCUGGGGGGUGCCUUUGCCUGCAAGAUGGUGCCUUUUAUUCAAUCCACUGCAAUAGUUACUGAGAUUCUUACAAUGACCUGCAUUGCUGUAGAAAGGCAUAAUGGGAUCGUCCACCCUCUCAAAAUGAAAUGGCAAUACACCAACAGAAGAGCAUACACAAUGCUUGCUACCCUUUCUAUAUUUUCAGGCAUAGUCUGGUUUUUGGCAGCUAUUGUUGGGUCACCUAUGUGGCACGUACAGCGACUAGAGAAUAAAUAUGACUUCCUUUAUGAAAAAGAGUAUGUUUGCUGCUUGGAAGAAUGGGCCAGUCCUGUCCAUCAGAAGAUAUAUGCUACUUUUAUUUUGGCCAUUCUCUUCCUGCUCCCACUGAUGCUGAUGCUCUUGCUCUACAGUAAGAUUGGUUAUGAGCUCUGGAUUAAGAAAAGAGUUGGAGAUGCUUCUGUUCUGCAGACCAUUCAUGGGAAUGAGAUGUCUAAAAUAUCACGGAAGAAGAAGCGAGCAAUCGUUAUGAUGGUAACUGUUGUGGUUUUGUUCGCCAUCUGCUGGGCUCCUUUUCAUGUGAUGCAUAUGAUGAUAGAGUACAGUAAUUUUGAAAGGGAAUACGAUGAUGUCACCAUUAAGAUUAUCUUUGGCAUUGUUCAGAUCAUUGGGUUUUCCAAUUCCAUUUGCAACCCCAUUGUGUAUGCCUUUAUGAAUGAGAACUUCAAGAAAAACUUCCUCUCUGCCAUUUGCUUUUGUGUUGUAAAAGAAAACCUGUCUCUGUCCAGGCGGCGUGGAAACUUGGCAAUUACAAUGAUGCAGCAUAAGGAAGUUGGCUCAAUGAAAGAACCCAUCUCUUCAGGAGAAAACAAAAGAGAAGCAUUCAGUGAAGGAAACAUCGAGGUGAAAUUCUGCAACCAGCCAUUUGCCAAAAGGAAUUCCAGAAGGCACCUUGUUUUGUUUACCUCUGAACUCACUGGGCAGGCUUCACUGGGACACUAGCAUCAUGGAAGUUUCAAUGGAACCUUGUGUUCUAACAUUUGAAAAUUGUUGCAACAUAAUAGGCCUGGCUAAUCCAAAUGCUUCAUGUAAAUAAUAGGCCAUCUGCCUUUCCCUGGUCAAGACAGCAGUGCAUUUCAGGGUCCAGCUCCUCCAGCUGCCAGCUCAGGCUGUUGAUCUCAGGGACUGUGAGUUUGGAGCUUGUACCUCCAAGUCUGGAUUUGGUGUGUGGCUAUCCAUGGCACUAGUCUGGUUCUGAUACUGAGCUAAGAACUAAGCCAACCUUCUCCACCUCUUGGAAGCAGCACACUAUAGGAAUUAAUAACCACUGCUAGGGGAUGGUGCAGCAUUGUUUUAUUCCUUCCUUCAGUUUCUUCCUCCUUUCCUUUGAUAGGCUUCCCAUGGACUCACAUGGAACUUCUUCCUUUUCUUUUUGAUGUGCUGUUCUCCAAUUUAAGGACAAGAAUUUGCUUAAUUGGAAGGUAAACUACUUUGGCUUAGUUAACCUUGAAGAUGCUUGGAGACUUGGCUUCUUGACUGAGAGGCAUCCCCAGUAACGCUGUUUAAAGGGUCUUUACAAAACAGAGAAUUGUAAACAUGUUGCGCUAUUAGAUUUUGCCUAAAGCUGAAGGAUUUUCACUACUAGUUUAAUGAUGUGUUUUGUUACUUCUAGCUUUUCACCAGUAUUCUAAACUUGACUUACAGAAUAUUUUUUAAACCUCUGCAUGCAGUCUUGUUAAGGGAAGUUCAUUUGUCUUUGUAUAAUAUGUACUGUUGCCUUGAAAUAACUGGCCAAAUAGAAAUCCAAACAGUUCAGCCGAAUUACCUAUUAUUUGUAUUGCAUCCAUUCAGCAUACAGGGCCAGUGCUUUCAGCAAAGUUAAGAUUAUGAAUGCAGUGCAAAUGUUGGAGAAUAUAUUUCCUAACACAGAUAUUUUAUUUAUUAAGACAUUUUAAUGUUCAUGUUCACUUUUAAAAUUGUUAUAUCCUGUCAUUUCCUCUCUCCCUUCUGCCCUUAUGUCCAACCUUUAUCUGUAAUAAGUAUGCCUUCUCCGAGGCAUACUAAUUUAAGUUAAUUUAAUUUAAAAUCUGCUGUGAUUGUUUUUAAAUUAUUUUAUUUUAUAUGUUUUUGUUGUAUUAUACUAUGUGAUUUUAUUGUAUUUUCUGUGUUCA